GGACUGCUGAUGUAGAAACUCCAUAACAUGCCUCAGCUGACACAUCCUGUCCCCGUGUCGGCUGCAGGCUCUAUCCUACCCAGUGGCUCCAGGACGGUGCAGGCUGCAGGGAUCUCGGCAUGUUUCCCCAUGUGACCACCUUCCUGGCCCUCACGCUCUGCCUGGGUGGAGGGCUCCACGCACAGCAGGGGGUCCUGCCCAGCCCCUCCAUCUGGGCCCAGCCGAGCUCUGAGAUUCCCCGGGGGCAGCCGGUGACCAUCGUGUGCCAGGGCCCUGCUGGGGCUGAGACAUUCCGCCUGGAGAAGGAGGGAAGUGCUCUACAUAAAGAUGUGAGGAACCCACAACAUGAGACGCAGGCCAGAUUCCCCAUCCCUGCGGUGGGUGAAGACACUGCCCGGCGCUAUCGCUGCCUCUAUAAUAAAGACGGCACCUGGUCUGACCGCAGCAAGGAACUGCAGCUGGUGGUGACAGAAGUCUCACCGGUGCCCUGGGAUGACAGUAGCAGUCUCGGCCUGUCAACAGAGCAUGUUUAUAUUCUUAUUGGGGUCUCUGUGGCCUUGUUCCUUUGUGUCCUCCUGCUGGCCCACAUCUUCAUCCAUCGUCAGCAACAGAAAAAACACAGGCCCUCCAGCAGCAAAGGUGAGGAGCAGAGGACCCAGGAGAGGGUCAGCCCGGCUGUUGACAUCCGAGAGAGGACACCAGAUCUGGCUACAAUCAGCAGACUUCCUGAGAGGGACAGGGAAGGGAGCAUCUCCACCCCUACUGCAGGAGGCCCCCAGGACGUGACAUAUGCUCAGCUGGACCACCACAUCCUCACACAGAGGACAGCUCCAGCCACAUCCCCACAGUCUGUGGAGCCCAUGGCUGAGUCCAGUACAUAUGCAGCCCUUGCCAGACACUGACUCCAUGCCCACCUCGCCUCUGCUCCUAGACGCAUGGGGCGUCAUUCCUGCAAAAACAUGAAGUGGCCAUUUGGAGGACUUCCCAAUGGAAUCAUCCCUUUCUGGAAAGCCAUACAGUCAGAGAUCCUGGAGGCAAGGCCAGUGUCAGGAGGCUUCUAGUCAACAUUUAGAAGAUUCAUUAGCCAUGUGGUCCCUCCUGACAUCAACUAGAUCCUUGGAGAGAGCCUGUAGCAUUUAUUUCCAAAGACCCAGCUACAGAUUCCUAGUAGUUUCCAGAGACCCAGCUAUAGUCACUUGGCUGUUUCCAGAGACCCAGCUAUGGUCUUGCAGUCCCACAGAUGAUUCCAGUUGUGUCCUGUGUAUCCCCAACUGCCCCUAGAGGCUCCGUUUUAAUUUUCCACUCAGCUGGCUCUAAAGACUUUCCAGAGUUUGGUUAGUUGAUCUUGAACUGGGACUAUACUUGCGCAGCUAAUAUCUGAGACACUGUUUCCUGCACUAUGCUUCUCUUUGUUCAUCAAUAAAAGUUUUCACAGGCCCACUC